CCGCCAUUCCCGUGUCGCUGCGCCCUCGGGGGCCGCCGGCGCCGGCCGCCAUGCCGCUGGGCCUGAAGCCCACCUGCAGCGUCUGCAAGACCACGUCGUCCUCCAUGUGGAAGAAGGGCCCGCAGGGGGAGAUUCUCUGCCACCACUGCACGGGCCGGGGCGGCACGGCCGGCGGGGGCGGCGGCGCGGGGCCGGCCGGAGCGGCUGGGGGCGGCGGCGGCGGCGGCGGCGGCGGCUUCGGCGCGACCACCUUCGCCAGCACGUCGGCCGCCCCUCCGCAGAGCAACGGCGGCGGGGGCGGCAAGCAGAGUAAGCAGGAAAUCCACCGGAGGUCUGCUCGGCUGAGAAACACUAAAUACAAGUCCGCUCCAGCGGCCGAAAAGAAAGUGUCCACCAAAGGCAAAGGGAGAAGGCAUAUUUUUAAAUUAAAAAACCCCAUCAAAGCUCCCGAGUCGGUCUCCACCGUAAUCACUGCAGAGUCCAUCUUCUACAAGGGUGUGUAUUACCAAAUUGGCGACGUGGUUUCUGUGAUCGAUGAGCAAGAUGGAAAGCCCUACUACGCUCAGAUCAGGGGUUUCAUCCAGGACCAGUACUGCGAGAAGAGUGCAGCUCUGACGUGGCUCAUUCCCACUCUCUCCAGCCCCAGAGACCGGUUUGAUCCUGCAUCCUAUAUCAUAGGGCCAGAAGAAGAUCUACCGAGGAAGAUGGAGUACUUGGAGUUCGUUUGUCAUGCGCCUUCCGAAUAUUUCAAGUCCCGGUCAUCACCGUUUCCCACGGUCCCUACCAGACCUGAGAAGGGCUAUAUAUGGACUCACGUCGGACCUACUCCUGCGAUAACUAUCAAGGAAACAGUUGCCAACCAUUUGUAGUUGGAAACUUAGAGUGGGAGGGCGCCUGGUGUAGCAGUGAAGCUGCCAGUUGGGAAGCCCACAGCCCAUAUCAGAGGGCCUGGGUCCAAGGCCUGGCUCCCCUCCACAUUCCGACUUGCUGCUAAUGUGCACCUUGGGAGGUAGCAGGUGAUGUACCCAGCAGUUAUGUCCCUGCCACCCGUGUGGGAGACCCAGGUGGAGUUCCGCACUCCUGGAUGUGGCCUGGCCCAACCCUGGCAUUGCAGGCAUUUGGAGAGAGAGCUGGCAGGUGGGAGCUCCCCACUUUGCCUGUCUCUCUCUGUGUGUAUGUGUCUCUGUCUCUUAAUAGGAAAAAAAUAAUUAGAACUGGAUUUCCAGUUAUCUUGUACUCAUAUUAUUACAAGAUAAUGCCACAUGUUUCUUUAAUGAAAUUUUUAGCUGGAAAAAUGACUAAGUUACAGUUUUUUUCCCUACUACCCGAUAAUCAUUAUCAUCUUCAUUGCUGGUCAUUUAAAGAAUUAAGAAUAGAAAAUAAUGGACUGUAUUUGAGGUUAAAUACUACCUUCUGUAUGUGUGUUUUCACAGGCAGAGUCUGUAAUGCCCAGGGAGACCAUUAACAGCAGGUAGUAUCUAUUUUUUUCUCCAUAAUUUAUUCCUGGAAACUCAUCAAAUGGGAUUGUAUUUUUCUAUAAGAACAAAAUAUUAUGGUUUAGAUUUCUGAGCAGGUAAAAUGUAGCUGUGACCAAUAGCGUCUGGCAUACAGCCACGCAAGCCUUACUUUGUGAUCUAGGAUGGAUUUUUGGCUGCGUCAGCCAUGAGUUAAGUGACUGGUGGGUGAUUUUAUUAGCCCAGUCUUUUUUAAACUUGUAUCUACUUCUGUUGCAAACAGGCACUGUUUGCUGUGGACUCAGCCUGGACCGGACAGGCCUGCUGUCCAGAAGUGUCCAGACUUCAGCUGCAGGUCUUAGUUCACGUGCAGGUCAAUGAAGUAGAGGAGCAGCAGCAUGGGUGUAGUGGGAAACGGGGUGGCACACACGUGCCUCUACUAUGCCGGUUGAACCAGUGUUUUUCAGUCCUGGAAAAUUGGUCAGGGUCUCAUCUGAUCAUAACAGUUUUGAGCUGAGGCACCAUUCAACUGUUACCCUUUCUGCACUGGUUGGUUUGUGUUUUGGGAAGAAGCAACUGUAGACAGCUCUGUAUGUAGGUGCAUCUCUAUUCAUCACAGCUAGGGUAAAAUUGACUAAAUACCUUUGUAUAUAAUUUCCUAAAUGCUGUUGUUCACGAUUUUGGAUUAAAAUGUGUUUUUCACCAAG